AUGAUUUUCAGGCUAAUUGCUACUAAUGAAGCAUCUACCAGCUUUUUACGCUAUUUAUUUUAUGCAAUAGGUCGUAAGUACAUGCCGAAACAAUUGCUUGUUUCGAUCGAUUAUCCUUAAUUUAAAAUGCUUCAACUCUCAAUAUUUUAAGAUGGGAAGAUAAAAAUUUGCUGUUUCUUAUAAGAUAAAGGGGAAAGAUUAGAGUGGUAGAAUCUGUAAAUUAGACAAAUCUUUCUCACUAAUAAAGAAAAUAAAAAUCUAAUGAAAGCAAACUAAAGAAAAAUGAUAAGUCUAUUUAAUUUAUUGUCUCUUAGGAUAAAAGUAAUACAAUAAUUUAGUUAAUAUAAGCAUAGAAUAUUAUAUUUAUAUAUAUUUAGAAGUGCAUUUGUCUAUUCAAAGUAAUUAAUUUAAAAUCCUGCAUUCAUAGCAUUUCAUUAACUAAAUUUACAUUUAAAAGCUUUGAAAUAAAAGUGCUUAUUAAAGUGA